AGGGCAAAGAUGGAGAGUGUGUGCGAGAAUGCUAUGGAAAAUUGUACACAAAUGCAUCAAUUCCUACACAACAUAACGUUUGAUAACGAAAGCGAAUCGUCGGAAAAUGUAAUCAUAUUUCCGCGACCGUUGGAAAUGCUGGAGCCCUGGAAUAUAAACCCAUACUUUUUCCCAAUUUUGAUCACUUAUAUCAUCACAUUUAUUGUCGGCGUUUCGGGCAAUAUCAUUGUGAUCAGCGUUAUGGCCGGCGAUAGGGCUAACCGUUCGGUCACCUCUAUAUUCCUGGUCAGUUUAGCGGUGGCCGACCUAUUGCUUUUGGUCAUCUGCGCCCCACUCGAUGUCGCCCACUAUUUCGUCAUCCAAUGGGACAAAGAGGGGACGGUUUGCAAGUUAGCCGCUUAUGCCGAAAGUGUGUCCGCUUUCGCAUCGGUCCUCAAUUUGGUUGCCGUCUCUUUCGAAAGAUAUGUAGUGAUAGUAUUCCCAAUACGAUCAAGAUCGUUGUGCACAAUGUCUAACUGUAAGAAAAUCAUGGUUAUUGUAUGGAUGGUCUCACUCUUGUUGGCCACACCUGUCAUCUUCACUAAGAAUACAGUAAAGACCACGUUUACAAACAACGAGAUUUCGGUUACACUGUAUUCGUGCAAAGAAUUGAACGAUUGGAGAGGGUUUUCGGUUAACAUCUAUAGAUUUGUAACUCUUUUUGCAUUGCCAUCAGUUGUAAUGAUUGUCUGUUACUUAUGGGUUAUAAUUGAGUUAUGGAUUUCCACUAAAACUAUGGAUGAAUUAACGCAUAAUCGUGGAGGUCUGCAGACCGGCAGUCAGUCAUUGGAAAUCAUGAGAAGUGAGUCGAGAGCCAGUAUUAGUCACGAACAGACAUCUCCUGUCUAUCAAUCGCCGACUCGUUAUAUAUUGAGAAGUCAUACAAACGAUAACAGAGAUGUGAAGAGAGCCCGACAACAGGUGAUAAAAAUGUUGAUUUUAGUGGUUGUGCUGUUCCUGUUGUGUUGGGGCCCUCGACUAGUGAUGGAAAUAGUGAUCAAAUGCUGUCUAUCGGUGUUCAAUAACGUGACAUAUUUGUUGCGAAUAGUCUUCUAUUUGUCGCCUUUCGUUCACUCAUGUCUUAAUCCAAUUGUUUACGGCUUUAUGUCAACCAAAUUCCGGCGACGAAUGUUCCGCGUCUUCGACCGGAUCUGCUUUAAAGUGUGUCGAAAGAAUCGGUCGGCGAAUCAGCUCAAGAAUAAGCGAAUGUCUACUUCUAUAUCCAACUCCAACUCAAUGGCCAGAAACGCGUCCCGAAUCACAUCCACCUAUACCUUCAGCUCGUUUGGCAAUUCACUCAAUUCGCCACAGAAUAACAUUAUAAACACCAGUCAGACAUCACUUCACAUCUAA